UCCGUUAUGAGGUCACGAUGGGGGACUGAAGCGAGGUUGGAGCGAGUGAAGAUCUCGGCACUAGAGAGCGAUAAACAUGAGACGGAGGCGCCUGAGCUGAGCGCUACCACGAAGCCUUUUUUUUUUAGUUGAAACAUGUCGCGUUAAAAGGCUCCCGGCGGCAGCGGCGAGGUCUUCGGAUUGCGUCUCUCCUUCUGCAUGCGAAGGGAAAAGGCAGCGCGACCCGCAGUCCGGCGGCGCCGAACAGGAAGAAAUUCCCGAGCUUGCAAAAAAAAAAAAAAAAACCACAGAGGGAAAAAAAAGACGCGUGAGCGCAGACAAGAAAGUUUUCCUUGUUGGAAACAUUCUGCAGCGAAACUUUGCUGUUACUGUGAAGCAUUUAUAAUGCACUUUCUUGGCGGGGUGAGAUAGUUGCUGGUUUUGCGCCGCUUUCUUGCGUCUUUUGAAGAUCAGUCCUCUGGUGGCUUACAAGAACAACAUCAACAAAACUUUUAGGAACGGAAAAUAAAAAGCUAUACCAAUUAACGCCUGACACUAUUCUUGGACCGCAUGCUUUUCUUAUAUCUAUUUGGAAAACCGCGAUUUUUUGUUGUUGUUUUUGAUCGACUAUUGAAACAGCUUGUGGUUGGAGCUUGGGUUCUGAUUUUACAGUAGCGAUUGGGGGUUUGGGGGGGCGGGUUGGAUAUACAUUCCUUUUUGCUACAUGGCCUCUUCCAGGAUGUACCUUCUUGUGAAAUAUAUACUGAUCUCCCAUCUUACUAUCCUGAUCGCGAAGAGCAGCCGGGCACUGCUGUGUCUCCCUUGCGACGAGUCGAAAUGCGAGGAGCCGAAGCGCUGCUCCGGCGCCCUGGUGCUGGGGAUCUGCGGCUGCUGCUCCGUCUGCGCCAAGCAGAAGAACGAGACGUGCGGCGGCGUGUACGGGCUGUACGGGACCUGCGACCGGGGGCUGCGCUGCGUGAUACGACCCCCUCUGGACGGCGGCUCCAUCACGCAGUACGAGGUCGGGGUUUGCGAAGAUGAAAACUGGGAUGACGAUCAGCUUUUGGGAUUUGAACCUUGCAAUGAGAACCUGAUUACGGGAUGCAAUAUCAUUGACGGGAAAUGCGAAUGUGACAGCCUGCGGACAUGCAACAACCCCUUCGAGUUCCCCAGUCAAGGGGCCUGUCAGGCUGCCCUUAAAAAGAUUGAAGAGGAGAAGCCGGACUGCUCCAAAGCUCGCUGUGAGGUGCAGUUCUCACCUCGGUGUCUGGAGGACUCUGUGCUGAUAGAAGGCUACGCGCCUCCGGGGGAAUGCUGCCCCCUGCCCAGCCGCUGCGUCUGCAACCCCGCUGGGUGCCUGCGCAAGGUGUGCCAGCCAGGCUAUCUCAACAUCCUGGUGUCAAAGGGUUCUGGCAAGCCUGGAGAAUGCUGUGACCUCUACGAAUGCAAGCCGGUUUUCAGUGUGGAUUGUAGUACAGUGGAGUGUCCUCCAGUGCAGCAAGUGCAGUGCCCCCCUGAUAGCUAUGAGACACAGGUACGCCUGACCGCUGAUGGCUGCUGCACUCUACCCACCAGAUGUGAGUGUUUACCUGGCCUCUGUGGCUUCCCCCAGUGCUCGGCAGGAAGCUCUCCCCGUGUCAUCGCCCGCAGUAACGGCUCUCCGGGGACGUGUUGCGACGUGUUCGAGUGUGUCAAUGAGACUAAGUCAGCCUGCUUGUUCAAUGGAGUGGAGUACUACGACGGAGACAUGUUCCGGGUGGAUACCUGUCGCUUCUGCCGCUGUCAGGGGGGAGUGUCAGUCUGUUUCUCGGCACAGUGUGGCGUCCUUCACUGCGAGCGCUACUACGUGCCAGAGGGAGAGUGCUGUCCCGUCUGCGAAGACAUCAGCCAGCCCGUCCUGAACUAUGCCGGCUGUUACGCCAGUGGGCAGAUUCUGGCCCACGGCGACCACUGGCGGGAGGACGACUGCACGUUCUGCCAGUGCGUGAGCGGGGAGGCGCGUUGCGUGGCUGCAGCCUGCGGCCACAGUUGCCUGAACCCCGUGACCGUACCCGGAGAGUGUUGCCCAGUCUGUGAAGAGCCAACCUACAUCACUAUGGCGCCCCCUGCUUGUCGUUCCCUGAGAAACUGCAGCCUUACGGAGCAGGACUGUAUCUAUGGAUACAAACGCGACCAAAACAACUGCCGCAUGUGUCAGUGCAGGACACGAGAGGAGCUGUGUAGAGGCGUGAUCUCAGGCUGCUCCUUGGAUUGCCCUUUCGGUUUCCAGACGGACAUCCACGGCUGCGCGAUAUGUCAAUGUCGCCCAAGACCCAAGAAGUGCAAAUCUGUGGCAUGUGACAAGGACUGUCCAUUGGGCUUCAUAAAAAACAAGCAUGGCUGCGAUAUCUGCCGCUGUAAGAAGUGUCCUGAGGUACCGUGUGAGAAGGCCUGUCCAUUUGGCUUCCAGUUGGACCCGCUGGGCUGUCUCGCGUGCCAGUGUCGAGACUCAAGUGUGUCAUCCAUGGCUCCUUCGGUGAAGCUGGGCUCCUGCCUGUCCAUGGACGGCCGCCGGCACGAGAGCGGCGAGAACUGGCACGACGGCUGCCGCGACUGCUACUGCCACAACGGACGGGAGAUGUGUGCCCUGAUCUCCUGUCCUGUGCCGGCCUGUGCCAAUCCCACUAUCUGGUCCGGUCAGUGUUGCCCAUCUUGCCCAGGUGACCCCGGCUCCCACAAACCCGAGCUGGGCGACUUGUCUGUGUGCCUCGCCCCAGGUGGCGAGUUCUUUGUCGAGGGCGAGACUUGGAACAUUGACUCCUGCAGCCAGUGCACAUGUCAUAGCGGCAGGGUGCUGUGUGAGGCGGAGGUCUGCCCGCCGUUACUGUGCCAGAACCCCAUCAGGACUCAGGACUCCUGCUGCCCGCACUGCCCAGAUGAACCCUUCACUCCGCAAUCCCCCAGCAAUGACAGCGUGCCCAGCUACUGCCGAAAUGAGGAGGGUGACAUCUUCCUCGCAGCAGAGUCUUGGAAGCCUAACAUGUGCUCAAGCUGCAUAUGCCUGGAUGGUGUCAUCAGCUGCUUCUCCGAAUCCUGCCCGGUGGUCGGCUGUGCCAGACCCGUGCUGCGGAAAGGACAGUGCUGUCCCUACUGCCUGGAGGACACAGCGCCAAGGGCAGUAUGCCACUUCAACGGGAAAACCUACGUGGACGAGGAGCGCUGGGACAUCGACAGCUGCACACACUGCUACUGCCUGCAGGGUCAGACCCUGUGCUCCACCGUCAGCUGCCCCGCCCUGCCCUGUCACAACCCCGUGUACCUGGAGGGAAGCUGCUGUCCUCUGUGUUCAGGCAUGUACCCACCCACAAACAUUCCCAUCGAAAAGACAGACCAGAGGGGUGAUUCGCCGAUGCACCAGCCAGCUUGGCCCACAAGAAGUGAAAACGAUAUAAUGCCCCAGUUCAGAGGAAACUUUGGAAGCCUGCAGAUGCCGUACUUGGACGGGAAGACACCGGUGCCCAGUGAAGAUGAUACCUUACACUCAGUGGCCUGGGUUGCACUGCCUGUUCUGAUGAUGCUUGUAACCAUUUCAGUCGUGUUGCUCAUCAAUCAGAAGAAGCACUGGAUCCCUGUUCCUUGUUAUAGGACCCCCACAAAGCCUACUUGUCUGAACAACCAGUUGGUGUACGUGGACUGUCAGAAGGGCACCAAGGUCCAGGUGGACAGAUCUCAGCGCAUGCUCCGCAUUGCCGACCCCGACUCAAGGUACAGCGGUUACUACAGCAUGCAGAGGCAGAACAACCUGCAGGCUGACAGUUUCCACCAGACUGUGUGAGUGAGCUCCUGGCAAGAGGCCAACACUGUGUAGCUUAUCGCCGCUGUAGAUACCUGAAGGACAUCACCACCAAACCACAGAAUAUCUCCAAAAAUUGUCACCUGCCUGAAACUCCAAGCAAAAACGAAGACAAACUUAUCACAAAAAAAAAUGCAACAUAAUAAACCAAACUCAAUUUAAUUAUCAUGAUUUACACAAACAAAAGUGAAAAGAAAGCAAACUGAUUUUCUGGCCUUUUUCUGGAAUGCAGUGUGUGUGUGUGUGUGUGUGUGUGUGUGUGUGUGUGUGUGUGUGUGUGUGUGUGUGUGUGUGUGUGUGUGUGUGUGUGUGUGUCUCUGAAGUCUAAUGUACAGUUUUGGGAUUAGGACAAACUGGCUUUUGCAACAGUGCUGUUUUACCACAUUCCUGCUUCCUUGAACUGACCUUGAAAUGACAACAUGAAAAUCCCGAGCGAGUGUUUCCGAGAACACUGUAGCGCCAAAGCCCUCCUAUAUGAAAACGAAAAGCAGAAAACAUGCUGCUUUCUACCCUGCAUGGUGGUAGGUGGGACUGCUGGACUCAUGUUAAUUGAUACGAGGAGGAGAGCAGACUGAACACCCUGAUCAGAGACUGAAUUGAGUGUUUCUUUGCCCGUCUUGGACCCGUUGUCUUUGCAAACCAAUGUUCAGAAAGGACAAUAGGAAGAAACAAUGCUAAGCUGUCACCAGAGUUGUUUUAUUUUAUUUUGUUUUAUUUUGCCAGAUUUAGCAGCUUUCUUCCAGCUGUCGCGCAUCUGUUUAUUUUAUUUUUCCUGUAGCUCCUCCAGGCCAUAGGCUUCUGUAUUUUACAGCCGGGGCAGAUUUACGUUACACUUUCGUACACACCUAACAAUGUUUAAACUUAAAGGUUGGAAAAAUGGUAUAAGAGAUAAAAGUUAAUAUAAAAGUUUAGUGAUACUUAUUGAUUGAAUUUGAAAUGUAUCCUUUAUAAGUGCUGCUUUUCCUUUGUUUCGAGGCCUUUCCGUUUUCCAGGUUGUAAACAUAUAAAAAAGACUCCACUGGGGUUCCCUGUGUCUGACCUGAACGAUCUGUUGUCCCCUGGGGUCUAACAGAAUAACAAACCGAUGGCUAUAGAUGCUUUUUUUCCUUGUUUUUUUUUUUGUUUGUUUUUUGCUUUUUUUUUUAUUUGGGUGGGAAUUUGCGUUACUGGUUAUGUAACGGCUUCCCUUUCCUUAAGCUACUUAAUUAUGUUACCCAAGCACCUUCUGAGUUCUUUCUCCUUUGCAGCAAACAUUUUGUCUACUCCAGACAUUAUAGGAACACUUAUGUACAUAUUUUAUUCUACAAAAAAAAAAUUACAUGAAAUAUUGUGUGAAUAUAUGUCUGUGUGUAUGUAUAUGUCUAUGCAUGUAUGUUGGUAUGUGUGUAUAUACACACACACACAUGCAUGCAUACAUGGUUUUCUUCACGUGUAAAUUUUUCAACAAAAAUUGAAUGUAUUUAUGGUUCAGAAGAGAAGUUUUACUGAAUGAUGGGGGAAUAUCGAAACAGGCAUUCCAGAGCCUUGUUUGAGAUUUAGUCUGAGGCAGAAGACAAACAUCUCAUUUUAUUUUGUUUUGCUUUGUUUUUUAUGGCUGCACAAGAGUGUGUGCCGCCCUCCCAAACCCUGCACGGCUUCGGAUGAAAAACGAUUAAACAAAUAAUGUGCCCACCAUUCAAGUAGAAGAUUUUCUCAUAAAAUUGGUUUAGACUUUUGUUUAAAGGUUGUUUCUGAUGUCAGAACUACUGGAAAGGUGAGAAAUAGGCUGGGGGUUUGGGUGGGGGUACAAAGGAAGAAUUGAAGAGUAAUGGACAUGUAGUAGUUUGUCUUGGGUAUAUCUUAAUCUAUCUAAAAAAAAAUGUAAUUUGAAUCAUUCGUCUGGCACUUUUACGUAGAAAGAAACCUUUUGAGUUGUUUUUUUGUUUCCUUUUUUCCGUAAUGCUUUUCAUGGAAGAGUGGCCCUUUUUUGGAACCCUAUGAGAUCCAGUGUUAUGUCCGACGUUAAAUAAAAUGCUUUGCCAUAAAAUGUCAGAGACCUGCAAGAAGUGAGGAACUGCACGGAAGGGACCUAUAAUGUUUUCUAUAUUUGCUUCUAUGUGUAUGUAUGUACACAGCAAAUUCAGUGCGGCUUUGAGUCUUCGUGGAUCCCAUAGUCAGAGCUUCCGACGACUGUGCCUCAGCACUCAAUUGAUGGACGUAGCGAAAGUAAAGUGUUCAGUGUUGACCACCUGCCAUGUGCACAUGCAUUUGAUGGCGAAGUGUCAUACAGUGAAAUUUCAGACACGACUACUUAUAAUAACACGCUGUCGAUACAUAAAAAUGUAGACUUCAUAAAAAAAAAAAAAGCUAAGUUGUUUCCUACUUAACUGACCACU